AUGUCAAAGACAUCCAGUCUCAACCUCCUCCGCAAGACCAAAGCCAAGGAAUCAUUCUUCCUCGAAGAAGAAUCGGACCACGAGGAUGACCAGAUUCAUGAAGAGGACGAGUUCGACCUCGACAACAUGGAUUUCCCCUUACCUACCGAUGACGCUCCUUCAUCAUCUUCAGGACAGUACAACAGUCAUGGCAUCUCCAGUUCAGCACCCCUGACACCUGAACAGUUGGCUCAGAUUCAGAGUUUGAUGGAUACGGGUGCGGUGGGAGGCAAGGGGAACGUGGGGGAGAAUGGCGUUCGUUAUGUCUCGAUGGAGGAGGCUGAUCAGUUCAAAAACUGGAUGUGCUUAUACCCCUGCUACAUUGACGGAACAAAGACAGUGGCAGAGGGUCGCAGGAUUCCAAAGGAAAAGGCCUGUGCCAAGCAACCCUGGGCCAAGGAUAUUGUCGAGGCAUUGAAGGAACUCAUGCUUUCUCAGGCAUUCGAGCCUGGCAAGACACAUCCUAGGGAUUGGGCUAACCGUGGACGCGUCAGAGUAUUGUUCAAGGAAAACGGCCGCUUCUGCCACCCCACCAUCCAUACCAAACACGAGCUCUUGAUCAGGAUUGCGGCGUCCAUUAAUAAGAUCCACGCCAGGGAAGAGACUUCAAGCACCAAGCGACCCGAAUACUCGCCCCUCUCGCCUUUGACGCCUCUCUCGAUCGUCAUGCCCGGUAUGGCCAAUGUAGACCCCCUUGCUGGAUUCUUGGGAGGCAACGACGACUCUUCAUCAUCAUCAGCACAGCCACAGAUUGGAGAUUCUUCGUCGAGUGGAGCUGCUCAGCCAACACCGGAAUCAAAACGCCAAAAGAAGUUGGCCAAGAAGCCAAAGAGGGUCAUGAUCCGUGGAUAA